AUGGAGAACGGACAGAGACCCGUGACUGUGCUCCCAGAUCCCAGAGCGGAUCUGCAUUGGUCUCAUUUCGAAGGGGCAAUUCAUGAUCGGUUCGCAGAAAAUGCCAUCAAAUUCCCAGAUCGCCACUGUGUAGUCGAGACCGCAUCAAGGACAGCGCCGCAGCGGGAGUUUACCUAUCAACAGAUCCAUUAUGCUUCCAAUGUCCUUGCACAUCAUUUCUUGCAGCAUGGCAUUGAACGGGGCGAAGUUAUUAUGAUUUAUGCUUACAGGGGGGUGGACCUAUGCAUUGCGAUACUCGCGGUUUUGAAAGCUGGGGCUACCUUCAGCGUGGUCGAUCCUGCAUAUCCUCCUGAUAGACAAAUAAUAUACUUGGACGUUGCAAGGCCUAGAGGUCUCAUUGUGAUCGAAAAGGCUUCCCAAGAAGAAGGCAGGCUCUCGGCUCAAGUACGGACAUGGAUCCAGGAGAAUCUCGAGUUGCGGGCUGAAGUGCCUGCUCUGGAAUUGCUUGAUGACGGCAGCGUCAGGGGAGGAUCGCUUGACCGAGAUGGCAAGGAUGUCUUACUGGAACAACAGUCGUUGAAGAGCACGCACCCUGGCGUGGUUGUUGGCCCGGAUUCUACACCAACGCUUAGCUUUACAUCUGGCUCGGAGGGCAGACCAAAAGGGGUCCGAGGACGUCACUUUUCUCUGACGCAUUACUAUCCCUGGAUGGCCGAUACUUUCAAUCUCUCUGACAAAGACCAAUUCACCAUGCUGUCAGGGAUAGCCCACGAUCCCAUCCAGAGAGAUGUUUUCACACCUCUCUUUCUUGGAGCGAAACUACUUGUACCGGCCAAAGAGGACAUCGAGCACGAGAGGCUGGCUGAGUGGAUGCGAGAAUACCAGGCAACCGUGACCCAUCUGACUCCAGCAAUGGGCCAAAUCCUAGUUGGUGGCGCCAGUGCUGAGUUUCCAUCCCUUCGAAAUGCAUUCUUUGUAGGGGAUCAACUCAUCAAGCGUGACUGUCGUCUACUCCAAAGACUGGCUCAUAACUGCAGAAUCAUUAAUAUGUUCGGUACAACGGAAACCCAACGAGCCGUUAGUUAUUAUGCCAUACCUCCUCGGAAUGAGGACUCGGAAUACCUCGGCCGGAUGCCUGACGUCAUUCCAGCCGGCAGAGGUAUGAAGAAUGUACAAUUGCUUGCUGUCGACCGCGCAUCUCUGGAGCAAGGUAAGCCUCGACUAUGCGGCAUUGGUGAACAGGGAGAGAUCUUCGUCCGAGCCGGAGGUCUCGCUGAGGGCUAUUUGGGUGAUGAUCUAAAUAAGGAGAAGUUCAUCCCGAACUUUUUUCUCGAAAACCCCAAUGUGUGGCAGGAAAGUGAGGAGUCGAACUCUACCGGUCACGAGGAGCCGUGGCGCAAGUUCUGGAAAGGUCCUCGAGACCGACUUUACAGGUCUGGCGAUCUUGGACGAUAUACUGAGAGUGGAGAUGUCGAGUGUACUGGUCGGGCAGACAACCAGGUUAAAAUUCGUGGGUUCAGGCUUGAGCUUGGAGAAAUCGACACACAUAUUUCGCAGCAUCCGUUGGUUAGAGAUAAUGUUACGCUCGUAAGACGCGACAAAGAUGAGGAACCUACGCUUGUGUCAUACGUGGUGCCAGACAUGAAGGAAUGGACUUCGUGGUUAGAAAAGACUAGCCAAACAGACGACACAGAAGACGAUACCAUGGUGGGUAUGCUCAAGCGGUUUCGUCUACUUCGAGAAGAUGUCAGAGCUACGUUGAGAACGAAGCUUCCCUCCUACGCCGUGCCGAGCGUCAUAAUCCCUUUAAGAAAGCUACCCUUGACUCCCAACUACAAAGUCGACAGAAAAAUCCUACCAUAUCCAGACGCCGCCGCUCUCGCCACAGCUGCGUCAGCGGGCAGGACAGCGAGGUCUCACUGGACAGACAUACAGAAGACUCUAGGCCAAAUGUGGGCUUCGCGAAUAGGCGUUCCCGCCGAGACCAUUGACCUAGAUGAUGGGUUCAUCGACAGCGGUGGUCAUAGUCUCAGGGCGCAGGAGGUUCUGUUUGACAUCAAGCGCUGGGCAAAAAUCAGUAUCUCUAUGAACACUCUGUUCCAGAAUUCAACGCUGCGAGAGUUCUCAAGUGUCAUAGCUGCUGCGCUAGAAGCUCGAGAGGAUGGCGAGAAGAAGGCUGACAGUACGCCACCGGAGAUGGACUACGCGCUUGAUGGCGAAGUCCUACGGGCCAAGAGCCUUCCGUCUUCUUUCCCAACAGGGGUUGUCAGACCAGAGACUAUCAUGAUUACCGGGGCGACUGGCUUUCUGGGUGCUUCCAUCCUUGAAAACAUCCUCAACCGCAACAACGGGAUCAGGGUCAUUGCGCUAGUCCGAGCCAAGUCAUCCUCUGAAGCACUCGCGCGUGUCAAGACCACCUGUGUAGCGUACGGCACUUGGUCCGCCUCCUGGGAAUCGCGACUCAAAUGCAUACCCGGAGACCUCUCCAAAGAAAAGCUAGGUCUCAGCCCCGACGUAUGGUACAUGCUCGAGAAUGCUGUCGACGUCGUGAUUCACAAUGGAGCACGCGUCCAUUGGAUAUAUACCUACACAACACUCAAACCCACGAAUGUCCUCAGUACCCUCGCCUGCCUUGCGCUUUGCGCAAGUGGCAAACCCAAGCACUUGACGUUCGUCUCUUCGACCGCGGUUCUGGAUACGGAUCACUACGCCUCUCGCACGACGCCCAUCUUAGAAAGGGACCCUCUGGACGGCUCCCGCAAGGGCCUUUCGAGCGGGUACGCGCAGUCGAAAUACGUUUCCGAGUACCUCAUGCGCGAAGCAGGACUACGUGGGUUGCGAGGUAGUGUCGUCCGGCCAGGCUACAUUACUGGGAACCCAUCUACCGGCAUCGGCCCUACCGACGACUUUCUGCUCCGUAUGCUCAAAGGGUGUAUCCAGCUAUCCUGCCGUCCAGACCUAGGCAACAACACCAUCAAUCUCGUUCCCGUCGACUACUGCGCCAACCUCGUCGUGGCGUCUUCACUGCAUCCACCGCUCGAGCAAGAUGUUGGAGUUGUGCAUGUCACGCCACAUGCGCAGUUGGGCUUCAAUGCUUUCCUCGAAACGUUACAGAAAUAUGGUUACAAUGUGCCAAUGAUACCCUAUCCAGAAUGGCGUUCAGCCCUCGAGCAAUACGUGUCGACGGAAACUCAAGACCAAAGAGAAGCGCAUGCGCUUCUUCCGCUCUUCGAUUGGGUGACGACUGACCUGCCAUCCGAUACGAAGUCCAGAGCCUUAGACAACAUCAACGCACAGGCCGUGCUUCGAGCCACUGGUGUUGAGGAGAAGGAUUGCCAGGUUGGAGUCACGCAAGAGACUGUGGGCGCUUACCUGGCUUUCAUGGCUGAGAUUGGAUUCAUCGGCCGACCGGAAGGGACGAAGGAGGGGACGAAUCUACCGGUGAUCGGAAUUCGAGAAGAGCAAAAACAGGCACUGAAAACGGUCGGGAGGGGGGGUUAG